GUACUUCUCUUCUUUUACUAUAUAUAUAAUAAUAUAAAUUUUUCUUCCUGUUUUCCUGUUGUUUUACUUGGCUUUAGCUUUUGUGAGUGUGUUUAUGGCCGGCCUGGACUUGGGUUCUUCACAAUCUCAUCACUUUCUCCUUCAUCAUCAGCUUCAACGCCCUAAUCUUCAAUCCAACCAAGAUGACGAUGAUAACCAAGAAGAUAGUCCGAACCCUCAAGGGCUUAACCCGGCCGGUUCAGGUGAUGUUGUCCGCCGGCCCAGGGGUAGGCCGCCAGGAUCGAAGAAUAAGCCGAAGCCGCCGGUGAUAAUCACGCGCGAGAGUGCCAACGCGCUUCGAGCUCAUAUUCUUGAGGUUAGCGGCGGCUCCGAUGUGUUUGAGUGUGUGGCGACUUAUGCAAGGAGGAGACAGCGAGGGAUCUGUGUGUUGAGUGGGAGCGGCACGGUCACCAACGUGACAAUCCGCCAGCCAUCACCAGCCGGAGCCGUCGCGACCCUGCAGGGCAGGUUUGAGAUACUGUCUCUGUCCGGAUCUUUCUUGCCGCCUCCAGCUCCGCCAGGAGCAACAAGCCUGAGCGUAUUUCUCGCCGGAGGACAAGGUCAUGUGGUCGGAGGAAAUGUUGUCGGUGCGUUGGUGGCGGCUGGUCCAAUUAUUGUGAUUGCUUCUUCAUUUACCAACGUAGCAUAUGAGAGAUUGCCAUUAGAUAACGAGGAGGAACCCUUACCGGUCCAGAACGGCAGCGGCGCUGACAACAGCGGUGGCGGGGACCGAGACAUGAAUGGAUUUCCGAGCUCAUCUUCUGGUCUUCCCUUCUUGAAUUUGCCUGUAAACAUGUCUCAGUUACCUCUUAACGGUAACUGGGUUGAAAAUUCUGGCGGUGGAAGAUCUCAGCAGCCAUAUUAAGCUUUCUAGGGCACAAAAAGGGCUCGUGAACAAAAGGCAUAUCUAUAUUCAUAGCAUAUGUAAACACACAGGUGUGUGUGUGUGUGUGUGUGUGUGUGUGUAUCUCUGUGUGUGCGCGCGCGCAUUAUUGUCUUAAAAGCAUCAGUUUUUGUUAAUCUAGCUUUACAUUUAUUACAUUCUUGCAUGUUUUCACUGUUUAUUUCUUGUUUUUCUCAAUUAUUUCGUUUUGUUUAAUGCUUGAAGUAUGCACUCAAGUACUAUCGGUGCUUUAUUUU